AAAGAACACAAAGAGAGAGAAAAUCACAAAAAAGAAGAAAUCCUCUUUGAAAAGAAAUAAAUUAACUUUGUUCUCUUGCUACUUGCUCUGCAUUCCAUGCAAUUCUCUGUUGAAAUCUUGAAAUAUAAUCGCAAAUUCAUUCAAUUUUACACACGCCAAUUGCAUUGUCGGUUCCUGAAUCCUCUGUCUUCCAAGUGAGUGAUUCCGUGUUUUUGACUUAACUCAUUGGAAUCUCUAAUAUCCAAGAGAUAUCUUAAGACAGACGCCUCAAAAAUAAAGAAAACAUAAAUCCACUCCAUAAUCUCGUACUCGUACGUCGUAGCCCAUAGUCGUAGCUCGUAGCUGUUGUCGUAGUCGUAGUCGUAGCGAUUCUCAUUGUUGUCUUCUUCACCAUUGAUAACUGGGAGAGUUUAGUUGUUGUACACGUCACUAGAUUUCUUCUUCCACUUCUACUUUAAUCCAACCAACGACGAACGACGAGCGAACGAUUUGAUUUGUGGUGAUUUGAUAGUUUCAGUCUUGGAUUGAUUUCGUAGUAGUGAACGAGCGAAACGUGACGGCGACGACGGCAAGAUGGCAAUUAAACCAGGAAUGGGACGAAAGUCUUCCAACAAGAAUCCACCAAUUCUUAGCCACGAAUUUGUUAUCCAAAAUCAUGCAGAUAUAAUUUCCUGUGUGGCAAUGGUAUUCGUUGUGGGUUUAAUGGACGAGACCACGGCUAAAUUUGCGAGUCCGUUUGUGUCAUUGCAUCACAAUGUGAGCGGCGAGGAUCCCAGCCAUGAAUUCCCAACAGGAAAGCCAUACACUUAUGCUGCUGGAGUCAAGGACCAAUGUGCUAUCUUCUUCUACACCUUGACCUGUAUCAUUAUGCAUGCAAUUCUGCAAGAAUUUGUCCUCGAUAAAAUCUCCAAGAAACUUCACCUCUCCAAAUUCAAGUUGUCGCUCUUCAACGAGUCCGGACAGCUUGUUGUGUUUUAUAUUCUAUCAUUCUUGUGUGGUGCUGAUGUUAUUCUUCGUGAAGGAUACUUUAGUAAAUUCUCGCUUCUGUGGGAAGACUUCCCCAACCAUCCAAUGAUCUUCCUCCAUAAAUUCUUCUUCAUUGUCCAAAUGGCUUACUACUUGCACAUGCUGCCCGAAUUAUAUUUCCAAAAGGUCAAGAAAGAAGAUCAACAGCCAAAAAUAAUUCACGCUAUCACUGGAUUUUCUAUUAUCUGUUUGGCUUAUACUUUUGGUUUCCAAAGAAUCACACUCGUCCUACUUACCCUGCAUUAUUUGAGUGAAAUCAUUGCUCACAUCUUCCAAUUGAUUGGAGUUUUCGAUCGUGACGAGAAAUAUGCCAGCAUUCGUAUCGUCAACAGUGUGUUCUUUGUUUUGGUUCGUUUCGCCACAAUGGUCAUUGCUGUGCUUACCCUCUACUAUGGUGUAGCCAAUACCGAACAGUCAACUCGUGGAUUUAUGGCGCUCAUUGGAGUUAUCAUUCUUCAAGGAUACUUGAUCUUCUCCUUCAUCACUGAACAAUUGCGUGCCAAACGUGAACGUCAACGAGAAUUGAAACAACAAUCACAGGCCAAGAAAAACAAAGCCAUCAAGGAAAAGAUCAAGAAGAAGAAGGAAAGCGACCUCCCCGAAGCCGAUCAAUCACCUAGUCCAUCGCACAGUGGCAAAAGUAAAGUUAAAUAAAUUUCUAACUCUAGCUAGCUUGCCAUUUCCAUCUUAGUAAAAAAAAAUUAUAACACAAACUUCCAUGCUGAGAGAAUUCUAAGAAAAAACAAAAAAAAAAUAAUAUCCUGCGUGAUCCCUCUCCAGAGUCUUAAGAGUCAAGUUUUAUGUGUUGUUGUGCUGGAGUAUAACAAUUCCGUUUAUUAUUGUCCAUUAAAUGGAUUGAAUUCUGUUUUUUAAAUCUUUUUUGUUUUUCAAUUUUCACAGCGAAAGAGAGAGGGAUCACGUUUUUUUAAAAGAAUUCUAUCUUUAUUUUUGUCUACUAUUUCUAUCUUUUUUGUUUUUGUUUCAUGUAUAUUUAAGCCACUUAUAUACUUCGUCCUUUUUCUUAUAACUUUAUUUUCUCUUAUUACCUACUUUAAACAAAUAAAAGAAUGAUCUAUAGAACAUUUUGCGAAUGCUUGAGUAAUGAAAAAGCUACUAACGCAACAAGACUUUAUAGUGAAACAUAAAAUGCACUUAGAGGGUAAUGAAAUGAUUUUUCUUUUCUCCAGAAAAUGCAAACUAUUUUGUACAAAAAAAAGAAAAAUAAAUUAAAUAAGAAACAAGUGAAACUUUUUUAUGAAAAUUCAAAACAAACAAACAAAAAAAAACACA